CAGCUUUCUGGACCAGUGACAGCUAACUUCCUCCUUCAGAGAGGAUAUAACAGAGCCUAGGUGAAGACCUGGGUAUGAGUCCAGAUCCAACUCCUUCUGCUACAGCACCAGCUACUGUUCCAGACGAUGCAGGUGUUCGUGGUGUUCCUGGUUGCCGUGGUGACCGCUGUGGCUGCAGCCUCCUCGUUCUCGAAGGACCCCGCGCUCGAGGACCCCUGGCAGGAGUGGAAGGGGCUGCACGGGAAGCAGUAUUCAGAGGAGACCGAGAGCUACAGGAGGAUGGUUUGGGAAGACAACUGGCGUUUCAUCGAGCAGCACAACCAGGAGCACGCUGCAGGGAAACACUCCUACAAGCUGGGGAUGAACCACUUCGGAGAUCUGACCAACGAGGAGUUCAAUCGGACGAUGAAUAGAUUCCACCAGGAUCCUGCCCUGGAGGAGCUGCCUGUUUUCAACUUGACCGGCAGCUCUAGACGGCCUCCGAGAGAGAUGGACUGGAGGAAUAAAGGCUACGUCACCCCUGUGAAGAACCAGGGUAGUUGCGGCUCCUGCUGGGCCUUCUCUGCCACGGGGGCCGUUGAGGGACAACAUUUCAAGAAGACACGCCGGCUGGUGUCUCUGAGCGAACAGAACCUGGUGGAAUGCACCAAAAACAGAAAGUAUAUGAACUACGGCUGUAACGGUGGACUUAUGGGAAGAGCAUUCCGAUACAUCAUUGACAACAGAGGUAUCGCCUCGGAGCAGAGAUACCCUUACACUGCCAAGGAUAACAAGCCAUGCAGGUACAGCGCAUCCAUGAAAGCUGCCAGGGUCUCUAGUUAUUGGAGGGUGCCCCGCCGGAAUGAGAAAGCCCUGCGGGAUGCUGUAGUUGCAAUCGGGCCGAUCUCUACUUGUCUCAAUGCUGGUCGACGUACCUUCCAGUUCUACCGCUCAGGCAUUUACUACGACCCCAAGUGCGGUCAGCGUAUAAACCACGCGGUCCUGGCAGUGGGGUACGGCGUGUCCUGGUUUGGGUCCGGAUCCUCCCGUCCCACCAAAUUCUGGCUCCUUAAGAACAGCUGGGGGCUCAGCUGGGGUAACAGAGGAUACAUUCGCCUGGCAAGGGAUCAAAAUAACCACUGUGGGAUUGCCAGCCAGGCUGUGUAUCCUGUCAUCUGAUACCGGACCGUGAAGGAUUGCAAACGCAGUGUAGCUUUUCCCAGUACCCCUUUGAUUUGCUUGUUUUGCUGCACACCCGCACCCAUAGAUAAUCUGAUGAAAACCUUCCUCUCUCUCUCUCUCUCUCUCUCUCUCUCUCUCUCUCUCUCUCUCUCUCUCUCUCGUGCUCUUUGAAUGCUCAUUCCACCUAAUCAUUUGUUUGUUGUUGUUUCCUGAUCUCAGGCAGAGAGGUGGUCUUCCACGUAUCAAUAGGCUAGAGCAGGGCUGUCAAACUCAGUUCCUGGAGGGCCGCAGUGUCUUCUGGCUCUCAUUCUAUCCGAGCUCUCAGUUACUUAACUGGUCUAAUUAUCUGAUCAAUUGGACAAAUGUAACGCUCAAAAUGUUUCAUCGGUAGUGUGCCUUGAAUCAAUUGCAUUUUGUUCAAUCAUCAACUGUAGAAGACCUAGAAAACUAUGAAAUAUGUCCAAUUGAACAAAUAAUCAGAUCAGUUAUGUUAAUUAAGAGCUUCAGUUAGAAUUCAAACCAGUAGACCCUGUGGCCCUCGGGGACUAGAGUUUGACAGCCCUGCUGUAGAGGACUCUGUAUUAGAAUCUGUAUAAGAUGGGGCUGCUUGGUCCAGCCACUUAAACCCCACCCAUUGAAACAGUAAAGUUUGUUAAAGUUCUGCAAAGCCUGUUUUAUUAAUUGUGGGGGAACAGGACGAGCUGAAACCUUGAUCAGGCUCUGUUUCAAACCAUGUCUUGUGCAGCAUUGUGACAGCUUUCUGUUUGUUAAACAGGCUGGGAUUUAACUAAGCGAUAUAACCUCUGAUUGUGAGAGUAGGAUUAAUGAUGUCAAUUCUGUACUUUUGGUUUUCUUCAAUAAAGCUUUAAGCAUC